AUGGCCGGGCCGGGGCGGGCGCAGGAGGCCCUGCAGGAGCGCUACCGCCUGGGUUCCCUGCUGGGGCGCGGCGGAUUCGGCAGCGUCUGGUCAGCGACGCGGCUCUUGGACGGCGCCCCGGUGGCCAUCAAACGCGUGCCGCGGGAUCGCAUCCGGCACUGGAGCGAGCUGCCCGACGGCACCAGCGCGCCCCUGGAGAUCGUGCUGCUGGCCAAGGUGUCCUGUGGGUGUGCUGGUGUCAUUCAGCUCCUGGAGUGGCUUGAGCUCCCCGACAGCUUCUUGAUGGUGCUGGAGCGUCCAGAACGGUGCCAGGAGCUGUCGGAUUUCCUGGCGGAGUGGAGGUUCCUGCCGGAGGAGGAGGCGCGGGGGCUGUUCCGCCAGGUGCUGGAGGCCGUGCGGCACUGCACCAGCUGCGGGGUCCUGCACAGGGACAUCAAGCCUCAGAACAUCGUGCUUGACCUGGCCAGCGGGCAGCUGAAACUGAUCGACUUUGGCUGUGGCGCUUUCCUCCAAGACACAGCCUACACCCAGUUUGCAGGAACCCUGGCCUACAGCCCUCCAGAGUGGACCCAGCACCAAAGCUACCAUGGCGAGGCAGCAACAAUCUGGUCCCUGGGCCUCCUGCUGUACCAGCUGGUUGUGGGGAAGCACCCGUUCAGGAGGGGCCAGGAGAUCAUCUGGGGGCGCAUCUUGUUCCCACCACGGCUCUCUCAAGAAUGCCAAGAUGUCAUUAAGAGGUGUUUGUCCAUGCAACCCUCGGACAGGCCAUCAUUAGAAGAGCUUUUCUGCCAUCCUUGGGUGCAGGGUGCUCCUCGGCCCUAGAAGAUGAGAGAGAUCCAUGUGCACAGUUGGAUCCAGGGGCCUGGCAGGGAAGGAGAAGGAGCUCCUGGAGAAGCUGUACCAGGUGGGGCUGCUGCUGGAGACAGCAAGGACAACCUCAAGGACAACAAUCUCUUCCUUGGCCUGGCCAGCUGAAGAUGAUGGACUUGGAUUCUGGCAGCUUCUCUAAAGACACACUCCACACCCAAUUUGCAGGUGAGUUCCACAGCCAGGGGGAUGCUCCCAGAUCUGGGCAUGGCAUGGCCUGGCUGGGCACCAAAGGUUCCCCCCUUUGCUGGGAGGGAUGCAACAAAUUCUUCGGUCGACUGCCCAGCUGCUUUUUGGCUCUGGGCAGC